ACUCAUAACCAGAUUGAGGCUCAUGCGUCAGGCUCUUAUGACCAUCUUUUCAAAAUAUAGAGACAUAAUGGGCGUUUUUCCUUUUUCAUCUCCAGCUAUUGUGGGGGUUUUUCUCUUCGCAUUGAUAACAUCGAGUCUCCUUCCUGAGCUCGCACUUGCCAAGGAUGCAGGCAUAACCAGGCGCUACAAGUUUGAUAUCAAGUUGGUAAGAAUGACGCGACUGUGCCACACAAAGGGCGUCAUUACUGUAAAUGGGAAGUUUCCUGGUCCUCUAGUCACAGUUCGGGAAGGUGACAAUCUUCUGGUUGAAGUUGUUAACCAUGUUCAAAAUAACAUCAGUAUCCACUGGCAUGGCAUUAGACAGCUUCGAAGUGGGUGGGCUGAUGGUCCUGCAUACAUAACUCAGUGCCCCAUUCGAACUGGGCAGAGAUAUAUGUACAACUUCACAGUUAGUGGCCAAAGAGGGACUCUCUUCUGGCAUGCCCAUAUAUCGUGGAUAAGAGCCACUGUCCAUGGUCCCUUAAUCAUUCUCCCCAAACCUAAUGUCCCUUAUCCAUUCGGCAAUCCUUAUAAGGAAGUUCCAAUCAUCUUCGGAGAGUGGUGGAAUGUAGAUCCUGAGGCAGUCAUCAGCCAGGCACUGCAAACUGGUGCAGGCCCAAAUGUCUCUGAUGCUUACACCAUCAACGGCCUUCCAGGGCCACUGUAUAACUGCUCUGCCAAAGAUACAUUCAAACUGAAGGUGAAGCCUGCUAAGACUUACCUUCUCCGUUUGAUCAAUGCAGCUGUGGAUGAUGAGCUCUUCUUCAGUAUCGCAAACCACACCAUCACAGUGGUAGAAGUGGAUGCGGUUUACGUUAAACCCUUUGACACCGACACGCUUCUCAUCACCCCUGGACAGACGACAAAUGUUCUGCUCAAGACCAAACCCUACUUCCCAAAGGCCAAUUUCUUCAUGUAUGCUAGGCCAUAUGCAACAGGGCAAGGCACCUUUGACAACUCCACUGUGGCCGGGAUCCUUGAAUAUGAGUUAUCAAACUUUUCACCUUUCAAUUCCACCUCAACUAAGAAUCUUCCUUUCUUCAAACCGGCAUUGCCUCCUUUUAAUGACACUUCAUUUGCUUCCAAUUUCUCCAGAAAAAUCCGUAGCUUAGCUAGCGCUCAAUUCCCAGCUAAAGUUCCCCAGAAAGUGGAGAGGCGAUUCUUCUUCACAGUAGGCCUAGGAACAAACCCAUGCCCGCGCAACCAAACCUGCCAAGGACCCAAUAAUAGAACCAAAUUCUCAGCUUCCAUCAAUAACGUAUCUUUUGUACUUCCAACCACUGCCAUUCUCCAAGCCUACUUCUUUGGGCAAUCAAAUGGGGUGUACACAACCGACUUUCCCAACAAUCCCAUAACUCCAUUUAACUAUACGGGCAACCCACCAAACAACACCAUGGUGAGUAAUGGAACCAAAGCAGUGGUUCUACCGUAUAAUACUAGUGUGGAGCUGGUGAUGCAGGACACGAGCAUCCUUGGGGCGGAGAGCCACCCUCUCCACCUGCAUGGCUUUAAUUUCUUUGUUGUUGGCCAAGGUUUCGGCAACUAUGAUCCAAAUAAGGACCCCGCAAAAUUCAAUCUUGUGGAUCCCAUAGAAAGGAACACUGUGGGUGUGCCUUCCGGCGGUUGGGUUGCCAUUCGGUUUCUAGCGGACAACCCAGGUGUAUGGUUCAUGCAUUGCCACCUGGAAGUCCACACAAGCUGGGGUUUGAAAAUGGUUUGGAUCGUCUUAGAGGGAAAGCUUCCCAAUCAAAAGUUGCCUCCUCCACCGUCUGAUCUUCCCACAUGUUGACUUUGGCUUGGUUAUGAAUUCACUCCCAUGAGUCCAAUCCCUGAUCCAAAUAUCUGUAUUUUUGUAUUUUCGUCGGUUUUUGUUGUUGAGCGCGUGAAUUUGGACUUAUAGGUAUGUUUAUCCGUUUGGAAUAAGUCGAAAGAGGAAAUAAAAGACUAGACAAUAUUUUCUUUA